ACACACACAGACACACAAACAGAUAUGACUUGUGUGUUUCUAACUCUAAAUGUCUCUUCCUGUUGUCUCAGUGCACGAGGGGAUGGGCAUCAGAGUCACUGGCAAUGAAAAGAUUCGACCUGAUCGGGGUUCAGGGGUCCAGAGGCCGAUCGGAGAAGCCGUCCUGCAGAUCGAUAUGAUGCUCGGGAAAGAACGUAAGGUCAACGUCAGAGUCAUCGCAGUGAACGACAUGAAGUGGCAGACGUCCGGGAUGUUCCGGCCUUUCGUCGACGUCUCCGUGGUCGGUCCCUUCCUCGCCGACAAGAAGCGCAAGCUCACCACGAAAUCCAAGAACAACAGCUGGACGGCGAAGUUCAACGAGUCCUUCCAGUUCACCCUGGGUAAGGAGUCUCCAGACUGCUACGAGCUCCAGGUGACGGUGAAGGAUUACUGCUUCGGCCGGGCGGACCGGGUGGUCGGCAUGGCCGUGGUGCAGCUGCGCGACGUCGCCGACCGCAAGAGCUGCGUGUGCUGGUGUCCCCUGGGGCCGCGCAUCCAGACGGACGAGACGGGCAUGACGGUGAUGCGCAUCCUGUCCCAGCGGCCGGCCGAUGAGGUGGCCAAGGAGUUUGUCAAGCUGAAAUCUGAGAUCCGUCCUGUGGAGGAGGGAAGAUGA